AUGACCCUCUAUAUAAUCGGACAUAGCCUCUCGGUUGCCCAGGGCACGCAGAAAUUCGGCGGCUUCGGUAAUUCUUACGAGAUUGCUGCUGAUUUUGUUUCGUACUGGUUAGUGUCCAUGUGGAGUGGAACGAUUUCUGCCCUUCUUUUAGGCGCUACACCUUCCUGGAUUACCGAUUCGUAUCUUUGGGGAACAUACCUUUGCGUUUACAUAGUAUUCGUCUCGUCGUCUUCACUGAGAGAAUUUAUCGCUGAGCAACCAUGGAGGGGAAUCUUAUCUGGGCUGUCAACGGUGUCGACCGUGUACACAUUAAGUGGUGCUAUCAAUAUGGCACUUGAGGUCGGAACGCAUGCCGCAAACGAUGAUGAGUGCUUGUCACUGGCUGCAAUAGAGUCGAAGUGCUCAAUCGAUCGAGACUACCACGCGUACACUUUGCUCUAUCCUUUCUUCGUGGGUAUCGUGACUACAACCAGUGCUAUGUUCGCAAUGCACUCCCUUGGCUUGGACACAGAUGGAAAGUCGUGGCACGUUCAUCUCCGUCGUGGCUAUCGCAUGUCAUCUGACUGGAGUGUCACAUGCCUGGUAGCUUCGCUUGGAUAUCUCCUAGUGACAAAUCCCUACGCUCAAGUGUUAAGAACUGGGUGUGUCUCGGAAUCCAAACAUCUCUCGGAUGUGCAUGAUCACCUACACUCGUAUGUGGAACAGACUCAUGGUUACCAUGUCAGCGCGGAUACAUGGGUGGCCACGUGGCUUUUGAUGAGCCACAUCUUCGAUACCAUGGUGUUUUGGCUUCAGGACGAUACCGCUGACAACGAUAUAUCACCCUCAACAAAGACCGCCGACACAAAAGAGUCCACAGGGGACAAUACACAAAAAGCAUCGAUGGAGACGAAAAAGUACGGUCUAAAUACAGAAAGCGGUUCAAAUACGAAGAUCACUACUUCUAGGAAAAGACAUACUAAGAAGGAAGAGAAGCCAAUCAAUAAAGCCGUCAGCGAGUGA